AACCCAAUUAUUACAACUUUAACAGACAGACAGCCACACACAUGCAAAAAUAAAUAAAUAAAAUUGAUAAUAAAAUGCACUAUUUACUUCAAAUCAACUUCCUAAACAGAAAGCUUUUGCCUCUAACUAAAACGACUGUUUGGUUUUUAUUCAUCAAACUGCAAAAACCUUGAAGAAUGGCAGAAUAUCAAAAUAUGCAAAAUUCUUCUUUUGCUAUCUUGUUCUUUAAUUUAGAGACUUUUUUAUUCAAAAAUGAUUUGCUCCGUCUUAAAUCCUCUUAAUGAAAUUCUAAGAUGGGAAAAUACUUUGACAUAUCCUUUGAGGGAUUAGAAGUAGGGUUUUUUGCAUGAAGCAGCUAAGCUAAGCAAGUAGAUCUUUUAUGCUGCCUUAGAAAAUCCCAGUGACAACCACAGCUUUUAAACAGGUUUGUUAAAAAAUUUUCACAAAUAUUUCGUUGCAAAUUCACAACAUACAAAACAUAAACAAGAUUUCUUGUUGAAGAAAAAAAACUUAGUACAUGAAGUUGCUCCUAUAUCCGCUUGGGGGCGGUAUAACCUAAAGCUACAAACUAUCAGAGUCACGUGGAGUUUUCAUAGGCUCUGAUUAAUGAGGAAUGACAGCGUUUAUGUUCAGUUCAGUCACUUACUGCCAUAUAAAGUUCACAGAAGUUAAAUGAAGGCUGACUUCGCUUUUUUUUCCAUGAUUUACCUGAACGGUAAUGACAUAUUUGAAGCGUGAGGAACUCUUUCUAUUAAAACAUUUUUUAAUUUAAAUAAUAAAAUUAAAAAAAUGUAUUUUGAUAAAUCUGACUAAAAGAAGAAACUCAACAAAGACGCUCCAUCUAAGGGCGCAGUGGAUGUUUUUCAGUUUAAAUACAUUCCAAACACACAUGAUUACACAAAGAUAAUCAGCAGAGCGCCCCCGCGCAAUUACGCGCAGCCAUUCAGGAGCUCUCUUUAUCCACAUCAGUAAAAACAGCUCAGAACACGCGGGUUUUAUAUGAAAUGACUGUGAGGAUAUAAAACAAACCUCUGCCUACUUUAAUGUCAGGUUCUGUGGAACAUGCACGGCGGGUUUUCAGUUUCUGUCUGCCUGCGGGUCCCUAACGGAACCGGGUCAGACAUGUGCCAGCUGUAGCGCGGACCACAGGAAAACAGAAGCGUGUUUUAUGGGUCAGGUGUCCUGGGAACAUGCUCCGGGGCGCUCCACGUGCGUAAUGACGAGGACAGGUCGCUUCUCUGAACGGAGCGAUUUCAGAUUUCAGAGGAGAAAAGAUGCGUGGAGCUGUGUUCAGUCCUACAUGUAGAGGAAUGAGUCCAUCUUUGCUCCGUGGCCAGCACAGCUGUGCGCGUCCACGUCCCCUCCGGACGGGUCUCCUCUUCCAUGGAUAAAAAGAACCAACCGGGGCCAGGAUGGUUGUUCUCGGGGCGAAUAACGGAACUUUGGGUGCUGACAGCAUGAAGUCUUCCUUAACGGUCGAGGACAAAGUCGCAGGAGAUGCUGGGAUGUCCACCAGCAGCAUGAUGAUCUCUGAGGCUCUGGCGCCCCGGCUGCUGAAGUUUGCGCAGAGCGCCGCAGAGGCAGCAGCAGCAGCGGCGGCAGCGUCCACGUCUCCGUCCGCCUCCAGUCAGCCGCAGGUCAUGGAGACGAACGGGACGCGGUGCGGGGAGCAGAUCCUGAGCUACGGCCGCGUGGAGAAGGUCCUGAUCGGCGGGGUCCUCACGAUGCUCACUCUGUCCACCAUCUGCGGAAACCUGCUGGUGGUCAUUUCGGUGUGUUUCGUGAAGAAGCUGCGCCAGCCCUCCAACUACUUGAUCGUGUCCCUGGCCAUGGCGGACCUGUCCGUGGCUCUGGCCGUGAUGCCGUUCGUGAGCAUCACGGACCUGAUCGGGGGUCAGUGGAUAUUCGGCCAGUUUUUCUGUAACGUUUUCAUCGCCAUGGAUGUGAUGUGCUGCACCGCGUCCAUCAUGACUCUGUGCGUAAUCAGCAUUGACAGGUAUCUGGGCAUCACAAAACCCCUGACAUAUCCUGUCCGCCAAAACGGCUGCUGUAUGGCCAAGAUGAUCCUUUCAGUGUGGCUCCUCUCUGCCUCCAUCACCCUCCCCCCUUUGUUUGGCUGGGCACAGAACGUCAACGAUGGCAGAGUUUGCCUCAUCAGUCAGGACUUCGGCUACACAGUCUACUCUACAGCUGUGGCGUUUUACAUCCCCAUGUCGGUGAUGCUAAUCAUGUACUACAGGAUCUACCGAGCGGCCAAACUAAGUGCAGCCAAACACACCAUCACUGGCUUCCCCAGGGAGGGGGAGCACCGAGCGGGCCUGGCUCACAGAGGGGGGAGAGGAGUGCACGAACAUCAACAGCCUUCGGAAUCAGGAGAAACGGGGAGUGUUGAAGGCACAGAGGUUGAGCAGUAUGAAGAUGAAGCUGAGGAGGAGGAAGGGAGCCUGGACUGCGUGGCAGCGGCGCUGAAGCUCCAGCGGGAGGUGGAAGAGGAGUGCAGCAGCCGCGUCUCCCGCCUACUCAAGAGCGGCGAGCACCACCAGCGCCGGAAGAGGAAAAACCAGUCCAUCUUCAAACGGGAGCAGAAGGCCGCGGCCACGCUUGGCAUCGUGGUCGGUGCCUUCACGUUCUGCUGGCUGCCGUUCUUUUUGGUCUCAACCGCCAGGCCGUUCGUCUGUGGCGUGGAGUGCAGCUGCGUGCCGCUCUGGCUGGAAAGGACUCUGCUGUGGCUGGGCUAUGCCAACUCCCUCAUCAACCCCUUCAUUUACGCAUUUUUCAAUCGUGAUCUGAGGACCACCUACAGUAAUCUGCUGAGGUGUCGCUACAGGAACAUUAACCGGAAGCUGUCGGCUGCUGGCAUGCACGAGGCUCUGAAACUGGUGGAGAAGCCAGAAGCUGAUGCGUGAAACUGUGGAUCUGCCAAUCAUCUGUGCUGGGAAAACACCCAGAAGGUUUCAAAGUGUGGCAUAUGUCCUCCACACUGAACAUUCCCCCAAUUAUGUGUGAGGAUUCCGGAGGCAGGAAGACACAGGAUGCCAAUAGAUGGUGGUGCACAGAUAAUACUUACAGACAUUAUCGAGGAUUCAAAGGAAACUGAGGGACACGCUGACGAUGAAGUCCAUCAACGAAAGGAUGAUCACCACUUUGGUGCAUUUGAAACGGUCUCUUAUCUAACAGUUGUUUGCACCAGGUUUGUACUACAGUCUCAGCAUAGAUGGAAAUCCUCCAGCUCACUGGUUUGAGCUUUUUAUUUUCAGUUUGAGCCACGGGGAACAAAAACCUGAGCUGGCCCACUUUAACGCAAAAUUAGUCAACGCUUUAGGUUGUUGUCACGGUAAUUCUUCAGUAGACAAACUCAGCCAGUGAUAAUUAAAGUCAAAUGAAAUUAAUAAUUUACACCUUUGGUCACUUCUUUUUGAUAGGGUUGAAAUGUGCUCUGUUAUGACAUGUCACAGCCAUGUUUUUGUGUAGAAAUGACCAUUUAUUGAUUGUUUUUACAACAGACAGCACACUUAUGAGAGGUGUUAAAUUUAGUAAAGGAGUAUAUGAAAUUCUAAAGCUAACAAUCUGGAGAAAAUGAGAGAUAAUGAUUUCAGACAUAUUUUAAACAUGCUGGUGCUUCAGUUUCAGCAGAUUCAUUUCAGACAAUGCACCUUUUAAAUUUGGCAAAUGUUGAAUGUUAUUGUUAAAUUUGCACAAAAGGUGAAGAAACAGAAAAAAAUAUCUUUAAGCAGGAUUGAAUUUCGCCUGUUUUCGUAUUUUUCAAUUAUUACAAAUUUAUUUCAGCUACAGUUUUCUCUUUGUUUGCUAUUUUUUUGUGUUUGGUAACUAUUAAAAUUGUCAGAAAAAUAAGUCACCAUUUUAUGAAGAAUCCAGGUGAACAAAUGCAGCAAUGAAGAAUUGACAAACAGCAUCAGAGGAGCUGGUAUAAAGACACAUUUUCCUCUUUUAGAUUAAAAUAAAUCAGAACACAGAAAACAUUCUACUUCUGUUUGAUAACAAGCAUUUUUCAGUACUGGUUAAUGUUUGUGGAAGACAGCCUUCUUGAUAGUUAAGGGCUCGACACACGAGAGGCGACAUCGCUCGCUCUCCAUUCAUUUCCUAUGGAGCCUGUGCGAUGAGGC